ACAGUUGCUUUUAGGUUGUUUCAUUUUCAGAACUGUUAGCCACCAUGAAUUUCUCUGUAUGCUCAAAUUUGUGUUUAGCGCUUCUUUUAUGUCCUCUCUUUUUGGGUGUAGGUGUUCUGUGUGAAACUCUCUGCAAUGAUAAGAAUUUGGACAUUGAAGGAGGUUAUUACACUUUAAGCAAUGGCCAUUUCUAUGGCAGUAUGCUUGUAUACCACUGUCCAGAAGGGUACUAUGCCUAUCCUGCUUUAACGCGCUCUUGCCAGAAGAGUGGAGCUUGGUCCCCAGGUCCAAAAAGAAGGUCAACUCAAAGGUGCAGGAUGAUUGAAUGCCCCAACCCCUUGGUUUUAGAAAGUGGUUCAGUCUUUCCCGUACAAGCUCAAUAUUUUGUUAACAAUGAAACCACAUACGAGUGUUAUUCUGGAUACACGCUGCGUGGCUCCUCCUCCCGUAAAUGCCAACCCAAUGGGAAGUGGAGUGGGGGAACUCCCAUAUGCAGCAGUGGCAUUAGAGAUGGAGAUCGUUGUGCUGACCCUGGGACCCCACCAGGUGCUAGGAGGACCGGAGAUUUUUUUGGCAUCGGUGACGGAGUGACAUAUCGCUGUGACGACGGUUUAACUUUGGUGGGGUCAAAGGAGCGUGUAUGUCAAGAAAAUGGCCAGUGGACUGGGACUGAGCCUAAAUGUUACUACAAACACACUUAUGAUACACCACUGGAGAUCACAGAGGCUUUCGGCAGUGCCAUCAGAGAGAGCCUUCUGGUUUCAGAAACCAAUAAUGACACUGAUUUGGUAGGAAAGAAGAUUCAUGUAGAAAAAGGUGGAUUGCUUAACAUAUACAUUGCCAUGGAUAUCUCUGACAGCAUUAACGAAGAAGAGUUUCAGAAAGCAAGAAAUGCUGUCAUAAAACUUAUCACAAAGGUUAGCUCCUUUUCAGUGAGCCCAAAUUAUGAAAUACUUUUUUUUGCUUCUGAUAUAAAAGAGAUUGUCAACAUAAUAGACUUUUCUGGGGAAAACCGAAAAACACUUGACAACAUCUUGACUGAAUUGAAAAACUUUCAAUAUGAUGCAAGAGAAAAUGUUGGGACCAAUCUCAACCUUGCAUUUAAAACCAUUCUGGAGAGCAUGGCUAUCCAAAAACAGCGAAAUGAAACUUUAUUUGAGCAGCUUUACCAUGUCCUCAUCUUUUUCACAGAUGGUGCUUAUAACAUGGGAGGUAGACCCGAAGAAACGGUUGCCAAAAUCAAUGAAAUGGUUAUCAUGAAUAAAAAAGAUGAACGGGAUAAAAAUCUUGAUAUCUAUAUUUUUGGUGUUGGAAGUGAUAUUUAUGAUGAAGAUAUUACGCCACUUGUGACAAAAAGAGAUGGGGAGACUCAUUACUUUAAAGUAAAGAGUGGCGAUGAAUUGGAUAAAACCUUUGAUGAAAUAAUUGAUGAAGCGAACGUUGUGGGUUUAUGCGGGCUCCAUAGAAACUAUGACAAAGGCACCCCAGAUUCUCAACGCCUUCGAUACCCCUGGCUUGCGAGGAUUGAAGUCACACGUGAGGGGGGUCAAGGGAAAUGCAUGGGGUCUCUGGUCACUCCUGAAUACAUCUUGACCGCUGCUCACUGCUUCAAGUUCGAAGACACAGUAGACAAAAUCAAAGUUAAGACUAUCAAAAGCCAAGAUAUAAAAGUCAAAAGUCUAAUUUUGCACCCGAAAUAUAAUCUCAAAGCAAAAGCGGCAGAGGGAUUGAAUGAGUUCUAUGAUUAUGAUGUAGCUCUCCUCAAACUAACAAAAAGUGUAGAUGUGUCUAUUGACACAAGGCCAAUCUGCAUCCCGUGCACCAAAGAAACAAGCGCCGCUUUAAAACUGGUGGGAGAGAAAAUAACCUGCAAGCAACAUGAAGAGCUUUUGUUGCAUAAAACAUACGAAGAAGCCAGUUUCAUGUCAUAUGAUAAGUUUGAGCAGUUUGAGCAGGAAAACCAGGUCAAACUUAAGCUUAAGGAUCAGAGGAAAAAUUGUAUUGGAUUGGCUACAACGGUAGAAAACAUAACAGCAAAUAACCUGGAGAAGGUUGUGACUGCCAACUUCCUGUGCUCUGGUGGGCGUGACCCUACUAGAGAUAAUAUUGCCUGCAAAGGUGACUCCGGUGGUGCUGUAUUUAAGAACUAUGAUGAUUACCGCACAAUCCAGGUUGGUGUGAUCAGUUGGGGAAGCAAAAAUCUGUGCCCUGAGCGUGUCAGCCAGAAACAGGAGUCUACUGAUGAAUCCAGAGAUUUCCACAUUAACCUUUUUAAAGUUGUGCCAUUUCUGAAAGAGCAUUUGGGGGAUGAUUCAUCAGAAACCGCGCCACUUACCUUUUUGGAUGGAUAGGGACAGUGUGAUUAAGAUUUUGGUUUCAACCAAGUUUUAUGAUCAAGUGAUUAAAUAUUUACCAAAACAAAUUGUUUUUGUUGAUCUCUAGUUUUCCAUGAAAAUGUGUUCCUUACUAUUGAUGAUAAUAAACUACUUAACUGGA